UCUGUUCUAGGGACCCCAGAAUCAGGUGAGGCACUCCACACCUGAUCACCAUCCCUGGGAAGUGUGGUUUGCUGUCUGCAGCGUGUGUGCAUUUACAAGACCAGAGGCUAAACUAGGCCUCUUUCAUCUGGUAGUGCCUGCCAGUUCAGAGGGGUGGCUUCUCCCAGCUGUUAGCAGCCAGCAACCCUUCUGGAGUGUGCCUAAGUUGGCAUUAACCAGACAAAGAAGUGGGAAAGACCUUGCUUUCUUUAUUUAUCAGCAGGUGUUCAUAGCUGAGUAACCGCAUGAGUAAGAGCAGUGAGUAUGUGAGAGCAUGGCACACUCGGGCAGCGGCAGGUGGCUUGGCACGACUGGAGUUAAACAUGCUUUUGGCUUCCCUUAAGACAACACAAACCUAAGCCGAGUGUGCUAAGGAGGCAGUCCUCGGAAGCGGAGGUUAGGCGUUGGUGAGAAUUUGUCAUUUCUUUUCAGGAUUAGUCAGGAUGAACCUGAUGUUUCUUUAACAAAGCCUGGUAACUUCAUUUAGGGAAUUACCCAUCUGACUAACCCAUUCCCUGAGGGCAGUGGGUCCCGAACUUUGCUGUCACCUUCGGAGUUUUUGGAGAUCCAGAUGCCCAGGUCACACCCCGUGCCAGUGACAUCACAGUGUCUGGGGCAGGGACCAGACACCCCAGUUCCCAAGCGCCUCACGUGAUGACCGUGGAGAGCCGCCACUGCCCUGGGGCAUGGGCUGGCCUCUUCAGUUAAAACACAAAAAUUCUUACUUUCUUCCUACUUGCAAGCAGUCCCUGCAUCGUUUUUUGCGCGUUUCCCGGUCUGGGGGCGGCCGAGAGCCGGCAGCGGAUGUGGUCUCACCCAAUUAGCAGGUUGCACUUUGCUAAGCUGCUCAGCAUAGGCUGCCAGGGCUGCACGAGGGCUGGAUUUUUGCUUUGUCAUCCUGACUCUGGCUGUUUGCCCGCCCGCUCCGAGCAGGGCGUGGCUUCGCGUCGCUCCUGGGAACCUGCAACCCUUUCACCCCAGUUUGCCUCAGUGCCGCGCUUGCAUCGCCACCGCAGGAGGUGGACGGAGCCCUUCGGAACAGCCAGCAUCUUCAUCACCGUCGCGUUCAUAGGACGGCCCGGGCCUGCACGCCGCGCUCGCCGAGCUGACCGCCGACCCCGACGUGCCCGUGGUGUUUGUGAGGCAGACCAAGAUAGGCGGCCAUGGUCCAACCCUGAAGUGCCUGGUACUGAACGAGGAAGCUCUGCUGUAAUGCCAGUCUGCAAACACUGGCUCUGUUUACCAUCCACUCACCUUAGACCUUUUGUGCAGACUGUCAGGGUGGCGCAGUUUUGUCCCCACUGCCGCUGGUUUCGUCCCCACUGCCGCUGGUUUCCAGGUGUUAGCCCUUCAGUCCCUGAGCCACCACGUGCGUCCACCAUGCUGCCAAGGGGCAGCCACAGCGCUGUGCCGCCGCCUCCACAGCCCUCCACUGCACCCCCUCCCGAAACAUCCCAAGCACCCUGUUCAUCUGCUGACCCCAGCCUCUGCCCUUCAGCCCCUACGUGUGAUUGUAGGCAGGAGGAAAAUGUGCGGCCUGGGCUGGCUUACCAGGAAGGCACACUUCAAAAGCUCCUGAAGAUGAAUGGUUCUGAGGACCUUCCCCCGUCCUAUGACUAUGACCUCAUCAUCAUUGGCGGCGGCUCCGGAGGACUGGCAGCUGCCAAGGAGGCAGCCAAAUAUGGGAAGAAAGUGAUGGUUCGAUUUGUCACCCCAACUCCUCUUGGAACUAGAUGGGGUCUCGGAGGAACGUGCGUGAACGUGGGUUGCAUACCUAAAAAACUGAUGCACCAGGCGGCUUUGUUGGGACAGGCGCUGCAAGACUCUCGCAAUUACGGGUGGAAAUUCGAGGACACUGUUGAACAUGACUGGGAGAAAAUGACAGAAGCGGUCCAGAAUCACAUCGGCUCUCUGAACUGGGGCUACCGAGUAGCCCUGCGGGAGAAGAAGGUGGUCUAUGAAAAUGCCUAUGGGGAAUUCAUUGGUCCUCAUCAGAUUAAGGCAACAAAUAAUAAGGCAAAGAAAAACUUUACUCAGGCAGAGCGAUUUCUCAUUGCCACCGGGGAAAGGCCACGCUACGUGGGCAUCCCAGGGGACAAGGAGUACUGCAUCAGCAGUGAUGACUUUCUCCUUACUUACUGCCCGGGCAAGACCCUGGUGGUUGGAGCGUCCUAUGUCUUGGAGUGCGCUGGAUUUCUUGCUGGUAUUGGUCUAGAUGUCACUGUUAUGGUACGGUUUCUUCUGAGAGGAUUUGACCAGGACAUGGCCAACAUUGGUGCACACAUGGAAGAACAUGGUGUCAAGUUCAUAAGGCAGUUUGUUACCAAUUAA